AGGUGAAUUCGUGAACGCUUUGAAUUCGACAGCUUUUUUCGUUGUUUUGACCCGCCUACAAAGAAAUCUCCACAGCUAUAUUUACGGCAUAGGCAAGAACAAGAAAUAUUUACGGCAUAGAUAGUUGUACUAGGAAUCGAGUUCAUCUUCAUCUCAUUGAAAUUACUAGCUAUAAUAUAUACUUCUAUCAGUGCAUGAUCUGCCUGCGCUUGCUGUCGACACCACGCGUGUAGAUCUAGCAAAGGCACCCUAUCCUAUCCUAUCAGAUCCAAUCUGUAUACUGAUCUUCGUAUUUACUAGUCUAUAGGCCAUUUUAUUACUAAUCUACUGUGCAGCCACCUCAUUAUAUUCUCCGUAUCGAGCACAGUCUCCAUUUGAUUCCAAUCUACCAUCUGUCCAUCACAACUAAACAAUAAUUAAAGCUGUCUUCUUUACCCCAAGAAAGGGUGCACUACUAAACCUUCCAUUUUUUCACUAAUCCAAUGAACAAAAGCUAGUUCUUCCUUUAGUAAGCAAAGCUAGUUCUUCCUUUAAAGAAAAAAGAAUGAAAUCAUUUACGCGUGAUGCCCUCCUUGGCGGCUUGCUUCUCCAAGGAUUCGUUGAGGUCGAAGCGUCCUAUGGAUCUGCAGGAUCUUCCGGAGGCUCCUCUGGCGGUGGUUUCUUGGUUAAGGGUUCCGACAUUGCAUUCUUCACUACCAUCCUUCGCGCGUUUUCCAGUAGGAAAAGGGUCAAGGAUCAUGUCCUGAAGAAUGUAAUUCCGUAACCUCUAACUUAGGAGGUGGAGGCUCUUCUGGGCCGCAAGCGAAGGAUGACGGUCAACAGGCUCCAUUUGACGUAGAAAAAACAACGGACCUCUUCCGGAAAAUCUUAAGUACUUCUGGGGUGGGUAUAUAUACAUUCGAGUUCUUGCAUGGAGGGCUAUCUACUGCUGUCCCGCAAGAGGAACCUGCUCCUGUUUCUGAUUUUUCUCGCCCUGCUCCUUUCGUUUCUGGCGACGAAGCAGCUGGGGCAGUGCAGCCUUGUCUGCCACCUGCUGUCUUGCGAGAGGAACCUGCUCCUGUUUCUGAUUUUUCUCCCCCUGCUCCUUUCGUUUCUGGCGACGAAGCAGCUGGGGCAGUGCAGCCUUGUCUGCGGUGUCCGUUGGGACAUGUCUUGGAGGGGCCUCGCAUUGUUGCUAACGCAGCUGACAUGUACCUCUGUGACUAUCCCCAGCAUUCCACAAUCAACAAUUGUGCGAGCAGGUUAAGGCUUCGUUUGAAAGUCUUCCAUUCUGAGAGCUUCUCCUGAGUUAUAAAUCUUGAUCUUCCACGUAGGUAUUUGAGAAGCAUCCAUCACCAUCUUGGACGACCCGGCUGUCGUCCGAUAUAUUCCAAGUAACAGUCUCGCUGUGAUGGAUCGGUAGAAGGUAUUCUAAAUAACAGUGUAUCUGAGAUGGAUCUUCACUAAAUAAGUAUGCAGUUACGUGAUGCGGAUAGGCGACGAAAAUCGUUGUAAAUAAGUAGAUAAAAACCUCCCCUUGAUUAGUUGACGUUUUUGACGACAAUUGUUCUCCAUGCGGUAGUGCAUGUAGGUAUGACUACUCAAGAGACUUCUGCUAUGAGCCACUUGCUCUCAACAUAAUCGUUCUGAAACAAGUGGGAGACUCCUGUUUCAUUUUGCCAGGAGUUUAGAAGGGCUACUUGAGUAGACGCCAUGAUGAUGAUGAUGAUGAGACUUCCUACAUGUUCUCAUUCUCAAAAUGUUGAAAAUGGAAAAUUUCGACUUGCUCGAGCUCUAAGAAACAGGAUCGGCCUAGGUAAUACCGUGUCCAUUUGUAGGAAAGGGGCAUGUAAUUACGACAUCUGUGGAAACUGUGCAGCGGACUCUGUGGAAACGGAAAAGCAGGCGGACUCGCACGACCAGAGGCAGGAUCUUCCUCCUGAUUUGAUGCUCGCAGUUAGUACCGAUCAACGACAUGGGGGGCCUCCACCAGCACCAGGGCAGCCGACACAUAACCUGUGCUGUUUGCAGGGGCAUGAGUUGAGGUCGGCCAAAGUUGGGCGUCGAGAAGCUGGUUGUUUCGAGUGCGACCGGUGCAAGAAAUUACGGCUUGUCUCCAUAGGAUAGGAUAUCCAUGAUCAUGUGUCGUAGGAAAGCAAAGUGUCUCUAAGAUGAAGUCCAAGGUCCCACCAGGACUAGGCGAUUUAAAAAAAAUACUAUGCUGGUGAACACAUAGCUGUUAACAUGGAUCCCCAUCAAUCACUUCGAAAUGGAUCCCCAUCAAUACAUCAUAUUCGACAUGGAUCCACCCCAUCCCCCAUAAUGACUAUUUUGUCCCGCCAGCAAGCUAGUAGGACACUAUGACGAUGAAAUUGGCGGAAUUUCGCUCUAACCGACUUAAUCGGUGUAGGUGAUACACGCCUCUUUUGUCGCGAUCCUUCCUCCAGAUGCGAUUACGACAUCUGUAGCGUUUGCGCUGACCCUGGCCCUGAAAGCAGGAAGAUCGGCUGCGUCUGUCUUGCUGGACAUGAGUUGCAGCAGGCCACAGUUCGUCCUGGGGAAACAGGUCCGGGGCUCGGGUACGUGUGCGAUGAUCCCCAGCAUCCUGGUGACAGAAGGAUCCCCGUAGGUGCUAUUCGCUUCUUUUGUCGACACCAGGGAUUAUGCGCGUACGACAUUUGUCAGGAUUGUCGGCAGAGGGGACAGCUCGAAGCUUCUGAUGCUCCUGGCUCUGAAACGUUUUGGCUCGACGCUUUCCGCAUGUACGCUCUUAUUCGCAAGAACAACGUCGAUGUCAUCUUCUCCGAAGAAAGCGAUUCCAAAGAUGGUAGCGUGAUCUCGGGAUAUUCUAUUCUGAGUCUGCUACUGAACUACGCCUGGACCUAUCAACUUUUCGAAAAACCCGAUGUCGAAGAAUUCUUCGCCAAGUCAAUUAUGCUGCGCAAUCAGACCGAGAACCGGGAAGGCGUCAUCAAUAAACGUACUCCAUCUACAUCUACUAUACUGUAAGUAAUUUAGGACGACCAGAAAGACCUAGUACUACUUGCACAAAUCCACUUCUGAAUAUUCCCCACCACCAAGGACAUUUGAGAAUUAUGUCGUGUUUCGCUUAAUCACAUCAGAUGAAGUUCUUGAUGCUGUAACAAUUGAGAAUGAAGAUAUACGAAAUGGCAUGACCAAUUAUAUGAACAAUCUUAAAGAACAACUAACAUCGCCGUCCUUAGUGGCAGAUGGUAGGUGCGCUGAGAACGUGACGGGUGUGCGUCGUUAGGGUCGCACGCGAACGCAAUAAUGCGAACAACGUGUACCUGACAGGGUAUAGUCAUCUGAUCAUCUACCACAGGUUUUUCGUGUUCUGGCGAAACUCUUAAGACACGCGGGCCAGAUUAUCUGCAAAAGCUUCGAAGCCUUCUCAUGGAAGCCUCCUUGUCUCCCACUUCGCAAAGUCAUGCGCAACAAGCAACGCAAGGCGCGACUGGGCCCUUUCCCGCCAGAGUAGGAGACGGAGGUGCAGCAACGGCUGUUGUAGGUGGAGGUACGCCUAUUUUUUGCAAGAUGUCGUGAUGUCACUUCUACUAUAAUAAAUAUGUGAUCUGUCUCAACACUACUUUCCAUUUCAUACACUCUUUGGAUAAAAAUGUUAUCAUACUUCGAGGGCUCCUAACUAUGCUUCUUUAGAUCAACAUUCGGUGUGCUUCUAUUCGAUUUUUCUAUAUGGAAAGUGACUCAUCCAGAUCCACAAAAUCUUGUUACAACAUAGGUCCUAGUCUACUAGUUUAGGAUAGCUCUGUCUUUUUCACAGUUCUUUUGCUCUGUAAGGAUGAAAUAUAGAGGACUUUACUGAGAUGUUUUAGGAAAAGUUUUCACUGCUAGGUGCGCCCUUCCGCGAGGCGAGUAGGAUUUGGGCGGGUUCCGAGAUUAAGGCCCAAAUUAUGCUUCACGUACCUGACGGCUUGAAAUCUAGCGUUGCGGAUUUGGGAUCGCCAGACACAGAAACAAUUAUGGCUCUCGAGGAAAGCGAAGCUUUUCGUUUAAGCAGGUUUGAGCGAGUGAGUCGGUGAGCGCAUUACUUUCAUCCAAGCAGGGGGCCGCGCAUCCUACACGCGGGCACUGCCUCGUCCAUUCCACAAGCUCCCUUCAUCCUUUCUCCAAGCUCCAUUCAGACGAAAGAAAAUGUUUUUGUCCCACCCACCCACCACGAUCUCUGUCCGCCUAGUAGGCUAGUCUAGAAUGCUGGCCAGCGGGCAAAACAAUUGUUCUCUAAUUACGAGCGAGCUGCAAUCAACGGUUGGAUUUCUGAGCAGACGCAGGAGAUGAUCCCGAAUUUCUUCAGGCACGGGGAGUUACCUAUUGAAGAUCCCAACGCUGUAGCGAUAGUUCACGCAGUAGCCUUCAAAGGUGAAUGGGUGGUUAAGUUUCCCGAAGAGGAAACCGUGCCAGAAGGUUUCCACGUCUCCAGUAGCGAGGUGGUCACGGUCAUGAUGAUGAAUCAGAACUUUUCUCGGCAGGACAUGAAGCAGCAUGGCAUUCACUUUUAAGGCUUCCCCUAAGUAAACAUCCAUCUUCGGAAGCAUCCACAAGAGGAGGCUUUUCCGGUCUCAAGGGGAAAAGACACUUGGGAUGCAUCUUGAGAUGGAUUAGGACGAGCUCUAACACUUCUACGACUACGGUGACGUAAACUUCAAGCAGACUGCUCCACGAAUGCAACUUCUUCGUCUGCCGUUCCAAGGAGAUUGGGAGAUGGUAGUUGCGAAGCCGGAGCUGAUCGAGAUCGACGGCAAGUUAAGGCACAAUGAAUAUAAUCGUGAAGUCAUUUUGAUUUUUACAGCCCAUCGGUUUCUGUAAAAAUAGCUCAUCACUAGAAGACAUUGUAAUAAUACUUCGCGCUUUAUAGUUUACAACCCAUUAAUAGAUAUUUUUUGCCUACAUCAAAACCAUUUUUUGAUCCUUAGACUCUCCUACAUCAAUUUCUUUCUUCGUUAUUCUUUGCUCAGGACCGCUUUUUUUACAUACAACUCAUUUUUUUACAUACAACUCAUUAGCUCUAAGACAGAAAGAAGAACCAUUGACCGCCUUGACGAACUUGGCGAACGCCUUUGGAGCAGGAGAUGGCGCGGGAACCUUGGAGAAGCAACCGUUUUCAUUCGCUGAUUUGUUCGCUCAGUCGACAGAAACCAAGUGCAAAAUUGUAAGCGUGAAACUGCCGAGAUGGAGGCUCGAAUACGCAGCGGAUGAUGUGCUUGAAAAAAUCCCAGAGGGAUUCAAAAAUAGAAAUGGAAAAUUCAAGGGCCGAAUGGCGAUGAUAUUAAGGGUUACAACCGAAUGGCAUCCUUCACUACCAUUCUUGACUUAUUUUCCAAUUGGAAAGAAGUCAAGGAUGGUCUGAAGAAUGUAAAAAUUCCGUACCCCGCUCUAAUGAUGCGGCAUAUGGCAGUAAUAGAGGUGAACGAGGAGGGUGCAAAGGGUGCAGCAGUUACUGGUGGGGCUACACGCGGAGACGUGUCAGGGAUGUUUUAUGUCGACAGACCUGUCCUGUACGCGAUACGCAACAAGAAGACUGACACCGUGGUCUUUUUUGGUGACCUCAUUCGACCGGAACCGGCUUUGGAGGAAACCGAAAGUGACAGAGAGGCCCGCCUGUUUUGGGGCAGACCACCAUAACUUUCCAACAAAAAUUUUCACUCGCCGUUACGAUUAGAGUAAACAUAAUGGCUAUAUGUGUGGGACACCAUGAUGAUGAUAAUGCGGGAGGACAUUACCUCAAAAAUUAUAUAUGAGGAGGUAUAUUAAAGCUGCAGUCUCCUACACUCUACACAGGUCGCCCAUCAUCCUCGGAGGCGAGCAGGUGCCGGUGGGGCCCGUUGUGCAGGAUCCAUAACCUAACCUAACCACACUCUUUGGAUAACAGAUUAUCUGUUGCCUCCUCGUGCUGCGUUCUUCUACGUGAUCAGAUCAGAGGACACCUCGACAAUUCGUGCGUGAUUCAAGAUUGUGUGAUAAAACUGCAGUAGAAAAGUAAUAUAUAGAUACUUAGAGUUGUAAUAUAUACUUAGAUUGUGUGAUAAAACUGCAGUAGAAAAGAAUACCACGAGGGCAACAUUGAAUAUGAUUAGAGAAAACAAGAGAAUCCAUUCCCUCGAUCAUAUUCAAGCGGGUCGCGUUCGAUGAUUCUGUCGCCGUGUCCGAAAAUUCACGAAGGACCUGUUUCAACUUUUCCGGCGGCCAUCCGAAAAGUUGAAAUUAGUUUCCAGGUCAAAAAUGUAAGCUGUCCAUUCAUAUUAGGGACGAGGAUGCAUCUAGCCCGAGUACCGAAAGAAGAAACAACUCUUUUUCCCCUGAGUGGGUACAUAACUACUUAGACUCGUCUUGCUGAAGAUCUCUUGAUGAAGAUUCCUCUUCCUGGAAUCCAAAAACCUUUCUUUUCUCCUAGGCGAAGGCUUAGGAGGCAGGAUUAUUAGUCUAAUUGAGGAAGAAUCUAGAGUGACGGGUUGUGGUACCCCGGUACAGGAACUGUCUACGUACGUGAUGGAUAAUAUGAUCGACUUUUUCUACCAUCACUUGGUCGUGAUCAUGUGUUCCCUUGCUUUGUUCUGGCUGUGGUUUUUGAUGAAGAUUGCACGAGAGAGCAGCCUAGAUCUGGAAGUGGAUAGAAAAAACCUUACCCUUGAAAGUAUCGGUGCUGGUGAAAUUGAGUUGACAGAUUGUCGAG